UCAGACUUCAAAACCCGAUCAAGUUCUUCGAAUAGGAACCUUGAUUUGUGAUUAUUUCUAUAUUGCGUGACGGACAUUCGAUAAACAUGGCCAACACCGAGUCGGGCGACCCGGCCCUCAAUGCCGGACAGGCACUGAACGGACAGACUACCGCAGGGCGCCGCGAGAGCUUCAGCUCUCAAAACUCGCAGACCGCGAAGGAAUUCAUUGAAUCGCAGAUUCGACUUGAAGCCGAUGCGCGUGAAGUCCUCCCAUAUUCAUUCGAUACUUGUACACAAGACUUAGGACCCCUUCGCCAAUCUCUCUUCGCCUGCCUUACCUGCAAUCCCUCCACCUCCGAAGAGUCAUAUACCCCCGCCGCCGUGUGCUACUCAUGCUCCAUCUCCUGCCAUGGCGAACACGAUCUCGUCGAGCUCUUCAACAAGCGGAACUUUGUCUGCGACUGUGGAACAACCCGCAUGCCCGCCACCUCGCCAUGCACCCUUCGGAACGACCCCAAGACCGGCACGAAAGGCGUGCACUCAGAGCAACCUCACCAAGGCAACAAAUACAACCACAACUUCCAGAACAAGUUUUGCGGAUGCGGCGAGGACUAUGACCCGCAUAAGGAACGCGGUACGAUGUUCCAGUGUUUGGGUCUGGGCACAGUAGAGACCAGUGGUUGUGGUGAAGACUGGUGGCACCCAGAAUGUCUGAUUGGCCUGCCGCGCGACUGGUACAAGGCUGCGAAGAAAGAUGGAGAGGCAGCCGACGAUGACGAGGAAGAAGAGACUCCCCUUCCGCCCGGAUUCCCCGCAGAAGAGGACUUUGCGAUCUUCCUCUGCUACAAGUGCGUCGACUCGAAUCCCUGGGUAAAGCGCUACGCAGGAACACCAGGCUUCCUACCCCCAGUAUACAAAGAAGGCGGACUCGCCAAACCCUCAGAAGAGGAAACCAAACCCACCACCACCGAACAAGCCAACCAGACUACAGAACCAGAGCAACCCAGCAACCCCAAGAAACGCAAAGCGGACGACAGCGCCGACGAAGAAAGCGAUCCUGCUCCGAAGCGACCAAAAGAGGAGCCUACAGAAGAUCCCAAGCCCGAAAACAGCGACACGACCACCCCUACCACUGAAUCCAAACCCGACACAUCCCAAGACACCGACAAAACCACCACCACACCCACCGACUCAAAACCUACCACCACCAGCGAAGACACCACCAACCCCUCCCCACCCAAACACACCCACCUCCCCACAACCCCCCCAACCCGCACCUUCUCCCUCUUCCUGAAAGACGACUUCCGCGACCACUUCUGCCGCUGCCGCGACUGCUACCCACACCUCGCAUCGCACCCUCAACUGCGCGAAGAAGAGGAGACCUACGAACCGCCCAUGUCCGAAGACGGCGACGGCGAGGGUCCAAACGGCGGAGGCAGCACCGGCACAGGCAGCCUUCUGGACCGGGGUGAAGCAGCACUGAGCAACAUCGACCGAGUGCGCGCUAUCGAGGGCGCAAUGGUGUACAACCAUCUGCGCGAUAAGGUCAAGGAGUUUCUGAAGCCGUUUGCGGAGACGGGUAAGGCGGUUAGUGCGGAGGAUAUCAAGUCCUAUUUUGAGAAGUUGAGGGGUGAUGAGCAGUCCAUUCGGGAUGCCGCGUCUUCUGCUGCUGGGGGUGGUGGGGGUGGUGAUGAUGGGGGUGGUGGGGAAGGGGGUGGUCGGAGGGAGCAGAGUGGAUAUUGA